CGAUUUUUCGCGGUGCGCCUGAACACACCUUACAUGUGGGGUCUCUCACUGCUGCUCACUGUGCUGUGAGUACUUGCUAUCCUCUGUAGUAUUACACGCACUUUGACAUCAGCGGGACAUACAAUAUCACAAAAAGAUGGCUGAGACCGACGUUGACAAUGAACUUUUGGACUAUGAGGAGGAUGAGGAGCCCCAGGGAGCACCCGAGAGUGGGACCCCAGCAAACAAGAAGGAAGUGAAGGGGUCCUAUGUAUCUAUUCACAGCUCGGGCUUCAGAGACUUUCUCCUCAAACCAGAGCUGCUCCGUGCCAUUGUUGACUGUGGUUUUGAGCAUCCCUCAGAAGUCCAACAUGAGUGUAUUCCACAAGCUAUCCUGGGCAUGGACAUCCUGUGUCAGGCCAAGUCUGGUAUGGGAAAGACGGCAGUGUUUGUAUUGGCUACGCUGCAACAGAUAGAACCUGUGGAUGGUCAAGUGUCUGUCCUUGUAAUGUGCCACACGCGAGAAUUGGCCUUCCAGAUCAGCAAAGAGUACGAGCGCUUCUCAAAGUACAUGCCCACUGUAAAGGUGUCCGUGUUCUUUGGCGGCCUGGCCAUGAAGAAGGACGAGGACGUCCUGAAGAAGAACUGCCCUCACAUUGUUGUAGGAACUCCAGGGCGUACCCUGGCCCUCAUCCGCAACAAGACCCUCAACGUGAAGAACAUCAAACACUUUGUGCUUGAUGAGUGCGAUAGGAUGCUGGAGCAGCUUGACAUGAGGCGUGAUGUCCAGGAAAUCUUCAGGGUGACACCCCAUGAGAAACAGGUUAUGAUGUUCAGUGCAACGCUAAGCAAAGACGUCCGCCCUGUCUGCCGCAAGUUCAUGCAGGAUCCCAUGGAAGUGUUUGUGGAUGAUGAGACCAAGCUGACACUUCAUGGCUUACAGCAGUAUUACUGCAAGUUGAAGGACAGCGAGAAGAACAGAAAGCUCUUCGACCUGCUCGAUGUCUUAGAGUUCAACCAGGUGGUGAUCUUUGUUAAGUCAGUGCAUCGCUGUGUGGCUCUGUCCCAGCUACUGGUGGAGCAGAACUUCCCUGCCAUCGCCAUCCACAGGGGCAUGGCGCAGGAGGAGCGGUUAUCCCGGUACCAGCAGUUCAAAGACUUUCAACGGCGAAUCCUGGUUGCCACCAACCUGUUUGGCCGAGGCAUGGACAUUGAGCGAGUCAACAUCGUCUUCAACUACGACAUGCCAGAGGAUUCUGACACAUACCUUCACAGAGUGGCCCGUGCUGGCAGGUUUGGGACCAAAGGCCUGGCCGUCACCUUUGUGUCUGACGAGGAUGACGCCAAGACCCUGAACGACGUCCAAGACCGCUUUGAGGUCAACGUAGCAGAGCUACCAGAGGAGAUCGAUAUCUCCUCCUACAUUGAACAGUCAAGAUGAGCCUGAAAUGUCUUUCCAGUGAAGAUCGUGUGUGUGUGACCCUUGGUGUUGCUGUAUUUUGGAGGAAAAAAAACACCUCAGCAUUUAUUUUAAAUUCCCCCUUCCAUAAGUUCGGCAAAUUCACAAUGAUGAAAAACUUUAUUUUAUGUAUUUGCAGGGUGCUUCUUUUAGUGUUUUCCUUGUUGAAACAUGGAUGUUUUGUUUGAAGAAAUAAACUUUUUAUACUUUAAA